AAAGAGAAGGUUGCAUGAGAUUGAUAUGUGGGGUCGGUCAUUUCAAUAAUGAAGCUGCUGAAGCCUCAAUCUUCCAUCACCUUGAAAUUCAAAUCAAUCCAAAACCAAAAAAAUAUUUGUCAUUUUCAGAUUUUACAAAGAACCCUAAAUUCUAACUACCCUAUUAGCUUUUAGGAUAUCGAUAUCCAGUAUCUACAUCCACCAUUGAUUCAUUCUUAUUCUUAUUACUAUUCCUAUAUUACUAUUAUUAUUCUCUUUGUCAUUCACAAUAAUCCAAUUAAUCAAAAUAUUUUCAACUUCCAAUUUCAAACCCUUGCUGUUGAAUUGUAAUCCACCAUCAAAAAAUUUGCAAACUUGUGAAUUUUUUCACAGCUCAGCUAUGCAAGGAGCUGAUGAAGGAGAAGGUGGUGGUUGUUCCAUCAGAGGUGGUAAUAUAUAUUGGGGAAGAAAACAUGGUGCUGAUUUCAAAGGAAUUGUUGUGAUUUUCGCUUGGGUUUCAGUUCCACAAACCCUUUUAAGGGAAUUCGUUGACCUUUACUCCUCUUUGGGCUGGAGUUCCCUUGUGUGUUAUGCUCAUUAUCUAUCCGCAUUCAAUAAGGAAAGCGUCGUGCCAUUGGCAUUUUAUGUUUUUGAUGAACUUAUCGAGGUGCUAAGGACUAGGCCAUGUCCUGUUGUAUUUGCUUCUUUUUCUGCCGGAUCAAAAGCCUGUAUGUACAAAUUAUUUCAGCUUAGCGAAGGAAGAUGUCCAGCUCCACUCAAUUUGCGUGACUGUCAAUUGUUUAGGAACUGUAUUUCUGGACAUAUAUAUGAUUCUGGGCCACUAGAUGUUACAAGUGAUUUUGGAUUCCGUUUUUCUCUACACCCUUCAAUUGCAAAAGUGCCCGGCCCAUCAAAGCUUGUUUCUUUGGCAGCAAAGUCUGUUGCAUCUGGUUUAGAUGCUUUAUACUUGACUCGAUUUCAAUCCCAAUCAGCUGAACACUGGCAGGCUUUAUAUUCUUCUGUUAAUUUAGGGGCUCCUUUUCUCAUUAUAUGUUCGGAGAAUGAUGACCUUGUGAGAUAUAAAAGUAUCUAUGAUUUUGCCCAACGACUACGCUGUCUCAACGGUGAUGUCAAUCUUGUAAAUCUGAGAAACUCCUCUCAUGUUGGUCAUUACAAGCAUCAUCCAAUCCAAUACAGAGCUGCUGUGAGCCAUUUAUUGGAGAAGGCCGUGUCAACGUAUUCACGAAAAGUGAUACUCGAACGAGAAAGAAUUGGUAUCGAUGGUACGCACGACGAGAUAUCCGAGUUAAUCUGUGACCUCCAGAAAGUUGCAAUUAAUUCAAAUGAGAGCUUUAGAAGAGUUGCAGUGGGGCCAAGUGACCACUUCUUUUUGCCUAGUUCAGCAGAACAUACCAACAAUGACAGAGAAUCUGGGACUUCACGUGAGGAACCGAAAGAAGAAUCUGUCUGUGUUCCCAGCUUCCCAAGCAUCAGCGCUCACAGUGUUCUUGGGCAAUUUCUUUUCGACGUUUGUGUUCCUAAGAAUGUUGAAGGUUGGGAUGUGAUGUUUUGCGGGAAUCUAAAUGGGAGGACGCGUGCUUCAGUGACUAGGAAUUCACCUUCCAGAGGCAUCAAACGUGUUGGUCGCUCCAGGUUAUGAAGGUGAAUUCUCUAGAAGAUACUUGGUGAUAAUUUGUUUAAAGGAUUGCUAAUUGUCUGAGAUAGAGGGGAUAUGAAUAUGAUAGAUUUUGGUGCAACAAUGGGACAGCUGCUAUAACUGGCCGUGGUGAUUCGACUAUCAAAAGGGUGAUAUGGAUAAAGAUUGCUAGAGUUAUAUUGCAUUUGAUUGCCGUUGAAAUAAACUGGUUAUCAGAAGUUAUAAAUGUUGUAACUCAGGAAAUAGACUGUUAGAAAUAAUCUGGGUGAUGUUUGACUAAGGUAACAACCACUCUAUAGGUUGUAUAAUUGGUUGAAAUGGGAAAAGAUGUACUUAGUUAGAGCAUGAAAAUUUCUGUAUAUAUAUAGUUGAGGGAAUAAAUUGCCAUGUUUGAGGCUGAGUAAUCGUAAAAUAGGCCUGUCUAACUAUGUAUAAAAGGAGAAUCUUUGGCUGUUUUACUC